AACGCUAGAGAUUCAAAAGGAAAGCAUCACUCCUGGCGCAAACGUUGUGAUUGUGGACGAUCUUGUGGCCCUUGGAGGAACUUUAAUCGCUUCGGCCGAACUGAUAAAAGCAGCUGGAGGCAAUCCAAUAUGUGCGCUUUGUGUGAUUGAGCUAUUGGACUUGGGAGGGCGCAAGUGCCUUGAGGAAAUCAACGUACCUCUCCUUUCAUUGCUUCUAGGAUUUGCCAGAUGUCUUUGCUUCUAUUUUGAUGAUAUGUUGAUAAUCGGACAUGUAGAUGACUUC